AUGCCUUCACCCAUUGCCCCUUGGAGGUCCUCUGCUCAGGGCCACCUCAAGCCUGACGAAAAUGGCGACUUGAAAACGGAUUAUUCCCGCUGGCGGCUGGUGAACGAGGAAGGUCGCCAGACCUGGAAGUAUCUCGAAUCCGACGAGGAAAACAGUGCUUGGCUCCAGACUGUUGCUGAUAAGUACCAUUUGGGUCUCCCAACUGGUCUUCCCAUUUUGCCUGAGGCCAAGACACCGCUGCAAGCCGCGGAGAAUGGUCUGUCCUUCUUCUCUCACCUGCAGCUCGAUGCUGGUAACUGGGCUUGCGAGUACGGUGGGCCUAUGUUUAUGUUGCCUAGCAUUAUCAUCUCAUACUACGUGACCAACACGCCUAUCCCUCCAGAGUAUGCCACGGAAAUCAAGCGCUACCUCUUUGCUCGCCAGCACCCCGAGGAUGGUGGUUGGGGUCUUCACAUUGAAGGCCACAGCUCAGUCUUUGGCACAUCCAUGAACUACGUGGUACUCCGAAUCAUCGGUGUCAGCGAGGAUGACCCUCGUAUGAUCAAGGCCCGUGGUCUUUUGCACAAGUUCGGAGGCGCCAUUUAUGGUCCCCAUUGGGCCAAGGCCUUCCUCAGCAUCCUUGGUGUAAUGGAGUGGGAUGCCGUGAACCCAGUACCUCCCGAAAUUUGGAUGCUUCCGGACUGGGUGCCUUUCGCUCCCUGGCGUUGGUGGAUCCAUAUCCGACAGGUGUUCUUGCCCCUGUCCUACAUUUGGUCCAAGAAGUGGUCCAUGCCCCUGAAUGACUUCACCAAGCAGCUCCGGGAGGAGCUUUAUACUCAAUCAUAUAACACUAUCAACUUCGCCGCUCAUCGCAAUUCGAUCCACGAGGCUGAUAACUACUACCCUAAAACCUGGGUUUUGAACAGCAUUAAUGAAAUCCUGGUCCGUUUUUACAAUCCGCUCUUCCGAGUUGGCCCCGUUGUCAAGCGGUCUGAGGAUUGGGUGUGGGAAUUGAUCUGCAUGGAAGACGAGAACACCGACUAUGCAGGAGUUGGACCAGUCAGCAACCCUCUGAACAUGAUCUGCUGCUACAUCCAUGAUGGCCCUGGUAGCCAUACCGUUCGCCGCCAUGAAUACCGGCUGAAUGACUACAUGUGGAUGAAGGGCGAGGGCAUGCUCGCAAAUGGUACCAAUGGUGUUCAGGUGUGGGAUACAACCUUCGUCACCCAGGCUGUUGUCGUCGCUGGUCUCGCCGAUGACCCCAAGUGGCGGCCCAUGUUGACCAAGGCACUCGCGUUCAUCGAAGACCACCAGCUGCGAGAAAAUGUUCCUCGUCAGGAGGAGUGCUACCGUCAGCACCGCAAAGGAGCUUGGCCAUUUAGCACCAAGGUCCAGGGAUACACCGUCAGUGAUUGCACAGCUGAGGGCUUGCGUUCGACCCUCCAGCUCCAGAACAUGCACGGAUUCCCCGAGAUGAUCUCUUUGGAUCGCUUAAAGGACAGCGUUGACUGCCUGCUUCUGCUGCAAAAUCCUACCGGUGGCUUUUCAGAGUACGAGAUUACUCGUGCAUCUCCCCUGAUCGAGUGCCUCAACGCCGCUGAGGUCUUUGGUGGAAUCAUGAUCGGCUACGACCACCCCGAGUGUACUACUGCCUCUGUGACGGCACUAUCGCUGUUCAGCAAAUUCUACCCCGACUACCGCGCGGAUGAAAUCCGCGCCGCAAAGGAGAAGGCCGUUGGCUAUAUCAAGCGUGUUCAGCGCGCUGAUGGCAGCUGGUACGGUUCCUGGGGAAUCUGCUUCACCUACGCCGCCAUGUUUGCCUUGGAGAGUCUCGCCAGUAUUGGCGAAACAUACGAGACGAGCGAGAACUCUCACCGGGGCUGCGAGUUCCUUAUUUCCAAGCAACAAGCCGACGGUGGCUGGGGCGAAUCUUAUUUGAGCAGCGAAAAGCAUGUCUAUGUUCAGCAUGAAAAGUCGCAGGUUUGCCAAACUGCUUGGGCGUUGUUGGCAUUGAUGGAGGCACAGUAUCCCCACAAGGAGCCGCUUGAGAGGGGCAUCAAGCUGCUGAUGUCCCGCCAGCAAGCCAAUGGUGAGUGGCUCCAGGAGUCUAUUGAGGGUGUCUUCAACCAGUCCUGCAUGAUCUCCUAUCCCAACUACAAGUUCUACUGGCCCAUCCGCGCCCUCGGCCUUUACAGUCGCAAGUUUGGCAAUGCCGAACUCCGGUAA